AUGAAGUCUGUCGCUCUUCUCUCAGUCUUGGCAGCUGUCGCCUCUGCCACCCCUACUCUCAAGGAGCCCCCCAGCAAGCGUGGAUCCCUUCCUACCGUCACUGCUUCAGGCAAUGCGUUCUGGGCCGGCAACGAGCGUUUCUACCUCCGAGGCAUUGACUACCAGCCUGGUGGUGCCUCCGCUAAUGAGGAUCCUCUGGCCGACCCCAAGAUCUGCAAACGUGAUAUCAAGUACUUCAAGGAACUCGGCGUCAACGUUAUCCGCGUUUACGCCGUCGACAACAAGGCCGAUCACGAUGAGUGCAUGAAGGCGCUCGACGACGCUGGCAUCUACCUCGUUCUCGAUGUCAACAACCCCAAGUACUCCAUCAACCGUGCCACCCCUGGCCCUUCGUACAACGCCGCCUACAUCCAGAGCGUUCUUGCUACUGUCGAGAUGUUCGCCCAGUACGAGAACACCCUUGCUUUCUUCUCUGGUAACGAGGUCAUGAACGACGAAAAGGACACCGACAAGUCUGCUCCUUACGUCAAGGCCAUCACCCGUGAUAUGCGAAACUACAUCAAGGCUCGCAAGCUUCGCAAGAUUCCCGUCGGUUACUCUGCUGCCGAUGUUGCCUCCAACCGCAUGCAGACUGCUCACUACAUGAACUGCGGUUCCGACGAGGUCCGAUCCGACUUCUUCGCUUUCAACGAUUACUCCUGGUGCAACAGUGACUUCAAGACCUCCGGCUGGGACGUCAAGGUCAAGAACUUCACCGACUACGGUAUCCCUAUCUUCCUGUCCGAAUAUGGUUGCAUCGAGAGCCGUCCCCGUAAGUUUGAGGAGAUCAAGCCCAUGAUGGACUCCGACAUGUCCUCUGUCUACUCUGGUGGUCUCAUGUACGAGUACUCUCUCGAGGACAACGACUACGGCAUCGUCAAGAUCAAGGGCAACACCGUUCAGCCUGAGGACGAGUUCGAUCUCUUCAAGUCCGCUCUCUCCAAGUACCCUGCUCCCACUGGCGCCGGCGGUGCCGCCAAGGCUUCUCAUGGUGUUGAGUGUCCCAAGUCCGAGUCCGUCUGGCAAGUCGACCCUAGCUACCUCCCCGAGAUGCCUGCCCAGGCCGAGAAGUACAUGAAGGAUGGUGCUGGUAAGGGUCCCGGUAUCAACGGUGACGGUUCUCACUUCGACACUGACAGCGGUACUGCCACCGCCAGUGUUGCCGUUGGCACCUCCACAUCCACCGGCGACUCUUCCUCAUCCAACUCUGACGAUGACGACGACAGCGGCGCCGCUACCCUCGGCUUCGGUGCUCUCUAUGUCACCGGCGCUGCUACUUUCUUCACCCUCUUCGGAACCCUUCUUCUGUAA